AUGCAAGAAUUAUUUCUUCCUCCGCAUGUGUGGGAUAGGAUCUUCAUGUAUGUAAGGAACCCAUUCCGGCUGAUAAAACUCCGUGUGAUUUCAAAAUUUUUUAAGGAAAUAAUUGACAAGAAAAUUGAAAAUAAUAACAUAUGGAAGGUGCUCUGUCCACCGCGGACUGAAAGUUGGAUGCAUACUAUUCUAAAAAUAAAGUAUCCGUACAGACAAUUUCUUGUCAAUGAUAUUUUGUCUUACGAAGACUAUAAAGAACAUUUCAUAAAUUACCAAAAAUGGCGGAGGGUUGCUAAUUCAAUAGAACCGAAAUUCAAUAUUGAUUUUAGAAAAUUUUUCUUGGAGGGUGAAGAAGUAACAUGUGUUGAUGCAUGCGAGCCAGAAGAACUUGUUCUAGUGCAUGAUUUUAAAAAAUCUGUAACAGAUAUAAAAUUUUGGUUUACUGAUGGAAAUAUUGUUGUUGUUGCUUCAAUUGAAAAGUACUUACAAUUUUGGUAUUUAAAUGAAGCUAGUGAAAUUUCGAAUUCGAUUGACGACAUGGCUGAGCACUUAUGUAUUGGUGUGGCCAAUCUGGAAUAUAAAUAUGAAAAAAAACGUGUAUUUCCUUCAAGAAAUUGCACGAUACCGAAUGAUGAUUCUUCAAAUAAACCAAAAUUUCUUUCAAUGCACAAUCGAUCUGAUGAUCUAAUAGUGAUGACAGAGAUGAAUAGAAUAAUUACAGUAUAUGAGAUUAAUUUUCCCGACGUAAGCUCUGAAAACAUAGAAUUGAAAAAAGUAUAUGCAAUUAAUCAUCAUAACAUAAUGUCCGAUCCAGAAAGUUCCAUUAUUUCUAGCAUACCUAUUGAAGAAACUGGAUUUUAUAUUGCUGAAAAUAAUAUAAUAGUUCAUUCAAAGUUUCCGGGUCCUGAACGAGAAUGGUCAUCUUUCAAAUUAAAAAAACCAUUCCAAGUUGAUAAUAUUGUAAACGUUACUAUGUUUGCAAAUAUUUAUUUUAUAUGUUGGGAGUCAGGGACAAUUGAUAAAGUUUCUAUCAAAAAAGCUCAAGAUAAAAAAGACUUUGUAAUUAAAAAAUUCAAAAUUUCAUUAGUUUUGGAAAAACCAACUAUCGCUAUUAAUUUUACAGAGCAUGAAGAUUAUAAGUAUGCUAUUUUUAUCACAAAAACUUCAGCGCAUUAUUUAACUAAAUAA